AUGUUUCAAUGUAGAAAGCAAAAGUACAGGAAGGAUCUUUGGACACUUGUCUGUCUCUCUGUCCAGGUGGGGAACCACAUUGACAAGAAGUGGGUUGCUCAGGAUGCGGGUAUCGGAGCGGGGGUCGACUCCUACUUUGAGUAUCUGGUGAAAGGAGCCAUCAUGCUGCAGGACGAAGAGCUGCUCAGCAUGUUCCUGGAGUACGAUCGAGCCAUUCAGAACUACACCCGGUUUGACGACUGGUACCUGUGGGUCCAGAUGCACAAAGGAACCGUCUCCAUGCCAGUUUUCCAGUCUCUGGAGGCCUUCUGGCCCGGCCUGCAGUCUCUCCUGGGGAACUUGGACAGCGCAGUGAGAACCUUCCAGAACUAUUACUCUGUGUGGAGACAGUUUGGAGGUCUGCCGGAGUUUUACAGCAUCCCUCAGGGUUACACUGUGGAGAGAGAGGGAUACCCACUGAGGCCAGGUGUUACGCCUCAGACACAGGGAAGGAAGACUCAUACGCACGACUCCGGACACAAUGGGGCUGUUCUGGUCCUCACUCUUCCUCUCCGACAUGAAGUCGCCGCCCUGAGAAGAUGACCACUUCCUCCUACAACAGCAGCAGCAGUCAGUGAAACACAAAACUUAAACAUAACUUUCCUCCAGCUGCCCGUCCAGCUGCCCGUCCAGCUGCUCGUCCAGCUGCUCGUCCAGCUGCUGGUCCAGCUGCUGGUCCAGCUGAUCGUCCAGCUGCUGGUCCAGCUGCUGGUCCAGCUGCUGGUCCAGCUGAUCGUCCAGCUGAUCGUCCAGCUGUUCGUCCAGCUGUUCGUCCAGCUGUUCGUCCAGCUGCUGGUCCAGCUGCUGGUCCAGCUGCUGGUCCAGCUGCUCGUCCAGCUGUUCAUCCAGCUGCUCGUCCAGCUGUUCGUCCAGCUGCUGGUUGGAGUGGUAGUACUUGAUGUGGUAGUGCAGCAGGCUCGCCUUCCUGAACGACUUGGUGCAGCCGGCUGCGGGACACUUGAAGGGGUUGUGCUCCAACUCAAUGGAGAGAAUGUGUAACAUUAAUUGCAAAAUGAAUAAACAGAAAUGUAGUAAAUGUAUGUAUAAUACGUAAUGGGAAGUAAUAUAUUUAUAUACACAGAGAUGUCACAUAGCAACGUGUGCAGCAAACAUCUGGUCAUUAUUUGGUUUAUAUAUUCUUUGCAGUCAACAUUUUGCCAAUUUUAGAUUCUAAUAAAUUCCUGUCUCGCUGCAACUUGUGUUUAAUAUUUGAGAACUUUGGCUUCUUUUUUUGAAUAACAUGUUUAUAUAAAACUCAAAGUGAGCUUUCAUAGAAAUACUUGUUUUGUGCGGACCAACAGAACUCAUGUAAUGUAUCUACACUUGAAACAUUUAAAAUGAUACCCAGCUGUUUGGGAUGUGUACCGUAUGUGCUUUAAUCCUUAAUAAAUGAUAAGGCGCAGACGCAUGACUUACAGUACCUAGCCCUCAUUUACAAUAUAACUGUACAGUUUGUAUGCAGUGUUUGUGUUUAUGUGGAGCAUAAUGUUUUGUAUAGUUUGUCAGAGCUCUUACGUGGCUCUCUGCUGAAUUUGUGAGUGGUGGGCAGGUGGGCCUGG